UCGCGCGAAAUCGACAUGGAUGACCACCGGUGCAGCAUGCCCAACCGGCGGAUCCGAGCACCUACUCCUCCUCCUCCUCCACCUCCUCCGCCCCCUCCCAUUGUCCUUCGAGCUCCACCCCCCGUUCCAUCGACACAAGUCACACAAGGGUUGGAAGAUCUGAAAUUUGGGGGAAGUGAGGAGAUCUUGCAAGAAUUAGGUACCAACAAAAAUUGUGAUAGAGCUAGCUGGAAUCACAAAAUGAAGUCAUAUCUUAUUUGGCUCUUGAAAGAACAUGAUGUCCCAAGAUAUCGAACACAAAAUGCAUGGAGCAAAGAGGCUUGGAGAAGUAUUGUGAAUGCAUUCAAUAUAAAGUUUGGUUUAUCACUCACAGUAACGCAGAUAAAACAAAAGGAGCAGGAUCCGAAGAAAGAUUUUAAAGCUAUACAAGACUUGAUAUCUGAAAGUGGUUUCGGUUGGGAUCGUGAUAGAAUGAUGGUGGUUGCUCCGGACAGUGUUUGGGAAGCAUUAAAGGCCCGUGAGAAAAAAGAUGCCCUCCGAUGGCAAGACAAGUCAUUCCCAUACUAUAAUGAUCUAUUUGCUCUAUAUGAUGGGCGCUAUGCUCAAGGAAGGAGUUGUCGUGGCAUGGAUUAUUAUGCAAACAAGGCCAGAGAACUCUCUCAGGUCACUACAUCAUAUUCGCAACAGUUGGAAGGUCCCGAGGAGCAUCAUCGCUCACCUACACCGAACUUACCUGCUCCUAUGGAAUCAUGCAUGCAUAUUGAUACUGAAGAGGACAAUGGAAGCACUAAUUGGUUCUGCACCGAUGAUCCAUUACACCUAGAAGCUGUGAACUCAACUCAAGUGAAAGAUUCUGCAUUACAUGUUCAAUCAGAAGAUGCAAUACCAACACCAUUUUCUUCAAAGCAAACCCCACAUAUGUCGAUGGAACUUCCAGAAGACAUACGUAGAAAUUGUCAACCAUCUCAUUCUGCUCCUGAGCUUACUAGUGCUAAGAGGGGGAAAAGACAGAAGACUAAUUCUAGUAUUGAUGAUUUUCACGAGAGGUACCUGAGCCUCAAAAGAGAAGAGAUGGAACGGUUUGCAGCCAUCGAGGAGAGGAAAUUGGAGGAUCCCUAUAGCAUACAAAAAUGCAUUGCUGCACUUGAGGGGUUGCCGGAUUUACAAAUGGGAGAUAUACUAAAAGCAGCUGACCUCUUCACCAACAACAAGGACAACAGGGAAGUCUUCCUCUCAUUUUCAACUGAUGCAUUACGACUGGGCUGGUUAAGAAAUAAAAUUCAAAACACCUAGUGUACUAGCUAUGGGAAUAUGCCCCUUGGAGAAUGCUUUUGUGUUAAUUACAAAAGUGGCUUUUGUAUGUUGCUGUAGGCACUUGUACUGCUGAGUUAAUGGUACCAAAUUAUCAUGUAGUGCUAAGGUAAUAGGCUAGGAAAGUGCACGUGACUUUUGUGUAUGUGUUCCUGGUCAGAUGUGCUAGUACUAAUGCAAUGCUAAAUGACACUUGAUCACAAAUCCUUUUGAUUGGCUAGAAUUACUUGCAGUACAAACCAAAUUGUUUUACAUUUAUUACAUAUGGUUUAUCGCCUUGCAUUGUAGUCAGCCCACAUUGCAUUUGCCAUGGCAUCUCGCAUGUCAUUCCCAGCUUGCCUCAUGCUGUCAAAUAAUGGCACAUCAACAUUGUAUUUGGUAUCCCCAUCUGGUACAUCUUCCAUAUUGCUUUCAUUUAUAUCUUCAGUGCAUCUGUCCGGCAAUGACAUGUCACCAUCAUGUAGCCGUAUGAAAUUGUGCAUCACACAACAAGCCAUAGAAAUAUCAACUUGAGUG